AUGGCGACGGGUAGUGGAUCGCUACCGAUAUUCCAGCGGUACACUGCUAAUGGUGUCCCCAUUCCAAUUGCACGACAGACUUUACGACUUCGGGAAAAGUAUGUUAUUUUACUCAUAUUUGUAACUUUCGGAACAUUUUGUUUUGGUGCUGUUCUGUUUAUUCCAGAGAAAGUCGGACUAGAAACCAUCGAUUUAAAUAUUGGUGGUGAAGUGGGUGAAGUGUUGUUCCCCCAUCCUCAGAUCUCAAUAAAACCCGGCGAAGGAUUUAUUGACAAACAUGACGACGAGGAACAUCGAAUACAAGAUGAACAAAUUCUAAAAGAUAAAAUUGUGUUUCAAAUGAGGCAGGAUAAAGCAUUAGAGGAAGCACAGGCGGCGCUUCAAGGCAAUCCUAAGGAGGUCCUUGAUGCCAUCCAGAAAGAAAAAGAAGAAAUUUUACACAACCAAAAACAAGAGGAACUGAAAAAAGUUGAAGAAGACAUACGAUUGAAAUUAUCAAAUGUUGAAAUCGUUGAUACAGGUGUUGUGGGCGUGAAAGGCAGGGAACCGACAGAUGCCGAUGUGAAAGAAAAACGUGACAAAGUCCGUGAGAUGAUGAAACAUGCGUGGACUGGUUAUCACAAAUACGCUUGGGGUGAGAACGAACUUAAACCAAACUCUAAAGUUGGUCAUUCAGCGAGUAUAUUUGGACGAUCACGCAUGGGAGCAACGAUAGUAGAUGCUACUGAUACAUUGUAUCUUAUGGGAUUAAUGGAGGAAUACCGACAAGCCAGAGACUGGAUUGCCACUGAUUUCAAUUUUGCAACACAAGCAUCAGAUGCAUCAGUGUUUGAAGUGAAUAUACGAUUUGUAGGUGGCUUGCUGUCUGCUUAUGCCAUCUCAGGUGAUUCGAUUUUCAAAAUGAAAGCAGUUGAAGUUGCUGAUAAACUGUUACCAGCUUUUAAUACUCCCACUGGUAUUCCCAUGGCCAUGGUCAACGUGAAAACUGGUGGAUCACAUAAUUGGGGUUGGGCAUCUGGAGGCAGUUCUAUUUUAGCAGAGUUUGGUUCCAUGCAUGUGGAGUUUGUGUAUCUAUCAGAAAUCACCGGCAAUCCCAUCUACAGGGAAAAGGUUCAAAAAGUGCGAGAUUUUCUGGAUGACAUCGAUAAGCCAAGCGGAUUAUACUACAACUAUCUAAAUCCUAAAACUGGUAAAUGGGGAAAUCAACAUGCCUGUAUUGGUGCAUUAGGGGAUAGUUUCUAUGAAUAUUUGUUAAAAUCCUGGAUCCAGUCUGGUGGUGAAGAUAAACAGGCAAAGAGAAUGUAUUAUGAUGCUGUUGAUGCAAUUGAGCAAAAAAUGAAACAAACAACUGCUGGUGGUUUGACGUUUAUUGGUGAAUAUAGAUCUGGCCGAAUUGACAGAAAAAUGGACCAUUUAGCAUGUUUUAGUGGUGGAAUGUUUGCACUUGGUGCCAAAGGAUCAGAUAAAGAAGAACAUUAUUUAGAUUUAGGUGCCAAGUUAACAGAAACUUGCCAUAAAGCAUAUGAUAACACUGCAACAAAACUUGGUCCUGAAGGCUUCCGUUUUGAUGGACAAGCAGAAGCAGUGGCCAUGAGAGCUAAUGAAAAAUAUUAUAUAUUAAGACCUGAAACAUUUGAAUCAUAUUUUGUGCUCUGGAGGCUAACAAAAGAUCAGAAAUAUAGAGAUUGGGGUUGGGAAGCAAUACAGGCUUUAGAAAAAUACUGCAGAGUAGAGAAUGGUUAUUCUGGAAUUCGUGAUGUGACGAAUCCUCGGCCAGCGCAUGAUGAUGUUCAACAAAGUUUUUUCUUAGCUGAGACUUUGAAAUAUUUAUAUUUAUUAUUUUCAGAAGAUGAUCUAAUACCGCUAGAUCAUUGGAUAUUCAACACUGAAGCGCAUCCUCUGCCUGUCGUUAGUAAAAAUUAAAUAAAGAUUAAUUAUAAAAACAGAAUUUAAAAUUUAAAAAAUGAUUCUUGUACAUAACAAAAUCAGUCCUUUUUCACUUCGGUUGAAUUGUAUUUAUACAGUGCUACAAAAUGUCUGAAAUGUUUGUGUUCUGGGUUGCUCUGUUCUGAUCCAUACAGGAGCUGGAUCACUUUCUGCUAGACCAUACU